CGCGCACGGCACAUGCUUUCGGAAUUCGGCGUCUGUAGUCCAGAGAAGUAACAACAAUUCAGUUGAGUUAUCAUUCGGCGUUAAGGAGGCCGCAGAAUGUCGCUGCAGUGGCUCCUUUUGCUGCUACUGGUGGUGGCUCGGAGUCAUGGCGCCAGGAUCCUAGGCGUGUUGCCAUUUGCGGCCCCGAGCCACAUGAUCAUCCACAGAGGUCUAAUGCUGGAACUUGCCAACAGAGGACAUGAGGUCACUGAAGUCACUCCAUUUCCAGAAAGUAAACCCGUCCCCAACUACACAAACAUAGCAGUGAAUGCAGAUUUGGCACGAAUCACAGGAGGACAUGUUCCAGAAAAUUUGUUCAAUUUGAAAUCACUGGGGAUCUUCGAGUUGGCGCACCGGAUGUGGCACAUGGGCGAGGCGUUGUGUGAUCACGUAUUACAGGAAGAAGACAUUCAGAAACUGAUCCAUUCCAAAGAUCUGCAUUUUGAUCUUGUCAUCGUUGAAGCCUUCGCAAACGAGUGUUUCUUGGGAUUCGCUCAGAAAUUCAAUGCUCCCAUUAUACAGAUUUGCCCCUACGCAGGUGGAAAUUUCAUGGGAGACUGGGUAGGAAGUCCGAACCCAUAUUCAUACGUCCCCGAUGAAUUCCUCGAGUACAAAGACAAGAUGAACUUCUGGGAGAGAGUGUACAAUACAGUUGUUAGUACACUGAAACACGUGGGAAGGCAACUGAUUCACGUGCCGAAACAGAAUGCUGUUAUGCAGAGAUAUUUCAACUAUACAGAUAACUUGCCACCUGUAUGGGAGCUGGAAUAUAAAACGUCACUAGUUUUUUUGAACACCCACUACAGCCUGAGCUAUCCGAAGCCGCUCACGCCUAACUACGUGCAGGUUGGCGGAAUGCACGUGAAACCUCCGAAGAAACUUCCGCAGGAGUUGCAGAAAUACCUUGACGAAGCUUCCGACGGAGUGAUCUAUUUCAGCAUGGGCUCAAACCUCAAAAGCUCUCAAAUGCCUGACUCCAUGAUAAAUGCUUUUGUGGAAGCCUUCUCCAAGUUGAAGCAACGGAUAUUAUGGAAAUGGGAGACAGACACGUUGCCAGGGCAACCAAAAAAUGUGAAGCUCGGAAAAUGGCUGCCUCAGUCCGACAUUCUUGCUCAUCCCAACGUUCGACUCUUCAUCACUCACGGCGGACUUCUGAGCACACUUGAAACCAUCAGCCGGGGAGUUCCCCUAAUUGGGAUCCCAGUCUUCGCUGAUCAGUUUCUGAAUACACGAAGGGCUGUGUCGUCAGGCUACGGAAUUCAGAUCAAUUUAAAUAACAUCACAUCAGAAUCCUUAACGUGGGCUAUCCAAGAAAUCAUUGAAUCACCAAAGUACCGUGAGAACGUCCAGCGUCUGUCCCGAAUCUACCGGGACCAGCCACUCACACCGCUGGAGCAGGCCGUAUUCUGGACAGAGUACGUGAUCAGACACAAGGGAGCUCCUCACAUGCGCUCCGCUGUACUCGAUCUCGCUUGGUACCAGUACUUCCUGCUAGAUGUCAUCGCUGUGUUGGCCCUAGCUGUCGGUGCCGUUCUCUUCUUCCUGUUGCUGGUGUUAAAGGUUGUAUUAAGGAAAGUGUUCGGCGGAAAAUCACGCGAAAAAGACAGCACAUCGAGAAGAAAGAAACAAAACUAAAUGAAUGUCAAAACGUUCAUUUGUCGGUUCCUGACAAAAUUUAUAUAAUGUGGAUUUGUAGACCCCAGAAUGUAGGACAGUAAUAUGAUUAUGGUUUCUUGUAUGAUUAAUUUGUAGUGAAGGCUUAAUCGGCUUCACGUUUUCAUGUUACCAUUUGUGCUACUAAUAUUUCGCUGAAGUGGUAACAGUCCUAACUUAUAUUCUAGAGGUGCUUGUUUUGUUUCUCGAUCGGGACACCGAUUAUCCUUAGUGAUGUUUCUGCUGGUUUUCCUCAGUUCCUCCAUGAGAAUUCCAGAGUAGUAUCUCAAAUUAAAGCACGAUCUCUCUCUUCCACAUGAUUUCCAAUUCUCUAUUUACUGACCCUAAUUUUCGCCCUUAUAUAAGAGCGUUGUUUAAUAAAUCAUAGACAGAAACAAUUAAAUAAAUUAAAAAUUCUUCUCUUUCUAUUUCAUUGACCUCCUCUUCCUGUAUAGUAUGUGGUGUGUUCUUGUGGCAGAAGUAACAUAAAAACACUUUUACACUUGCAUGUCCGUAAAAUAUGUGGUACAAGUGUCUGUCUGUUUUAGCAUGAUAAGACAUAAACUGUCUUCUUCCACGCAAAGUUCAAAAGGGGCAGGACUGAUAUAAUCUAAUUACUGCUUCUCCCGUGUGUAGUAGGUCAACGCCGAAACUAGUGGGGUAUUUACGUUUGUUUCGUUCCAUUUAUGGUCACGAGUAAAUUAGAAACAGAAUUGACCUGAUCAAUAAUUUUAACGUGUUUGAUAUUAUUCACAAGUUUCCAGAAGACUGUAUUAGUUCAGGUAGUAUAAUUUGUUAUUGGUUUAUUUGUGUAUUUAUUUAUUCAUUUAUUUACUGUUUAUUAGGUUGAUUAGUGAAUAACAUUGCGAAGGGUGUGAGUGCAGUCGUUGCUUAAUUUCCGAUGAUUUCCUGUGAUUUGCCUGGAGGGACUGAGGAAUUCCACGAAAAAUCAGCCAGUUUCUGGGCCUAGAUUCUAACCCGGAGAACACACGAGUGAGGGCGUUUGAGAGCAGGGCAUUGAGUGGUAUAUUUGGAUCACAGAGGAAAAUAACAGGAGGCGGGAGAAAACUCUAUAACGAGGAACAUCAUGAACGUUAGUCCUCGCCUAAUAUGUUAUUAAAAUGAUCUAUCCAAGAGCAUAAGGUAGGCAGGUCAUGUAGCAAGAAUGAGAACAGGUGCGCAUGAAAGGGGUUGGCAGGAAACCUUGAUGGAAAGGGAGCACAAAGAAAACUUAUGAGUAAAUUGUAUGAUAAUAUUAAAACGAAUUUUAGAAAAAUAUUGGGGGUAUUGUUCGGAUCAUUUGACUUGUGAUAGAGACAGUCGAAUGACUCUUGUGAAUAGGUCAGUGAUCCUUCGGGUUGCAUAAUAUGUUGGGCGUUUCUUGUGUGACUGAUCAACUGAUGGCAUCUCAAGAGGAACUCAUCUCCGUGGAAUUAGUUCAUCUGCUUUAAUUAAGUUAACUUGGGACUGGGAGAUAAGCGAAAAUAAUAACACAUUUAAAAUUCUAAAUGACAACCCAUGAAUUAAAUCAGUUUUGUUUAUUGAAGAAGUUACAUUGAUAUCUCUGGGCUAAAGUUGAUGUUCAUAUAAUGCGUAGACGCUCAUGGCUUCAGCUUUCUGCUCUCUACCGCGUAUCUAAUGCAUAAUAAUCCAAAGAUACUGUAAAAUAUGAGACUGAAAAAUGUCGAACGGAAAGUGUAAAAUAAAUAAUUACCUUAA